AACGCGAUACGACUUUAGUGCACUCCUGUAAUAAGGUGAGGCCACACUAAUCAGUUUCGUCAACCUGGCCGUUUGUAUUUGUCGAUUUGGUUUUCGUGUCACUGCAUUUAGACUAUAACACUAUUCGAGUGUUAUACCAGUCGGUGAUUGCUCAGAGUGUUACUAAAAUAAAACGGACUCAAUGAAGUGUGGAGAGUGAUAACAAAUAUCAUUUAUGUAUACUUGUGUAUAACUCUCAGGGAAGAUAAGUGGUGAAGAUAAGAUCGAUAUUUGUUGGUGUGUUAAAAAGAGAAAAAUAGAAAAUAUAAUCGAAAUAUUGGUUUUGAAUAGUGCUGAAUAAUUGAUAGCCGAAAAGAUGGAUCGGACUAUGUAUGGCAAAAUUGAUCCAGGUGCAAGGCAACCUUAUCGUUGUACACUUAAACAGAAGGGAAUAUCACCAGCAUAUGCUCUCCUUGCCGACCUACAAAAUAGCGUUCCUGGCUAUGGAAGUAUAAGGACGCCACAAUCGCCCACAUAUCAACAUCAACAACGCGUCGUAACUGAAACGCGAUCUUCACCAUCUCCCGCAUAUAGUAAUAGCAAUCAAUAUUAUAAUCAAGGUAGUGGAUCACUUCCACGAUCGCAAAAUUCUCUACCACGCUCACAGACACCCCAACAAAGUAAUGCAGCGAACUUUUCGGAAUUGGAUUCAUUGCUUGAGGAUUUAAGCAAAGGACGCUAUAAUAACAGUUCUUUAGAGAAAAAAGAUUUGACAUCAACCCCUUAUAAUGGAAAAGUGAGUCCUUCGCCUUACAGCAACACUAGUUACAAUGAUUCAUUGCAACGGCCUACGGUUGAUAGCCUUCUUGAUGAAUUAUCGAACGCAAAUAAUUCUAGUCCCCUCUAUGCAGUGCCAAAUGGCACUCCGCCUACGGGGAAAGCCCCAACUCCUGGUAGACAUGUUACAAUUACUGUACGGGAAACGAAGACCGAAAAGAUAACUGGCCCUGAUGGAGACUCAGUGGCGAAAAUUGAUGAACAGGUCUUGCAACAAAAGGAUCAAUAUCAACUGAAUUCUUCACAACAAUCUUACUAUCCUGCAUCAGCAUCUUCAGCCACAAAAGAAUUAGAUGAUCUUAUGGCUUCACUGUCUGAUUUUAAGAUCAAUUCGGGCUCCCACCAUCAUCAGACGGUGACCGAUUACGCCAAGCCGAACAAAGGUGUUUCGCAUACCUCUACGCAACAGGUUCUAACCCAGACGUCUACCCUCAUCCACGAGCAGGCAGACAAACCACCAACCGAUCAGUUGGAUUCUAUGCUAGGAAAUCUUCAAGCCGACAUGAAUCGUCAAGGAGUAACCACAACACAAAAGGGAUGCUGCAAUGCAUGCGACAAACCAAUCGUUGGCCAAGUCAUCACAGCGUUGGGUAAGACAUGGCAUCCAGAGCACUUCACAUGCAACCACUGCAACCAGGAGCUGGGAACACGGAACUUCUUUGAACGGGAUGGAUAUCCAUACUGCGAACCUGAUUACCACAACCUAUUCAGCCCACGAUGCGCCUACUGCAACGGAGCUAUUUUAGAUAAAUGCGUAACCGCUUUGGAUAAGACUUGGCAUACAGAGCAUUUCUUCUGCGCUCAAUGUGGUCAACAAUUCGGGGAAGAGGGCUUCCAUGAGCGUGAUGGAAAGCCAUACUGUCGCAACGACUACUUCGACAUGUUUGCUCCAAAAUGCAACGGAUGCAACCGACCAAUCAUGGAGAACUAUAUCUCAGCCUUGAACGCGCAAUGGCAUGCCGAUUGCUUCGUUUGCCGGGAUUGCAAAAAACCAGUCCGGGGUAAAUCGUUCUAUGCAAUGGAAGGCAAGCCCGUUUGCCCUCCUUGCGUUGGAAUUGAGGAAGAAGAGGAAUAAAUCCAAUUACCCGAUCUUAGCGUUUAAACAAAUUUCAAUUCUACCAUCGAUUAACCGUUUAUGCAACGUAAAUACUUUUGGAAAUAAUCGACGAAAAUAUGAUGACUCGUCGUCGAUAAAUGAAACGUGAUGCAAACACUAUUACAACUGAGUCGCCGUCAUAUGAUUAUGCUCCCCAACACAUUAUGCUCCUGCUGUUCCCCCUUUUUAUUUUUCAGCUCAUCAUGGAUUCACAAAGUGUUAUGAAAUAGUCUAAACAGGAUGCACAAUUUACACCAUCAUAACCCUCUACUUUAUUCAAAAUGGAUACUCGUUUAUCCAUAACACAUGUUUUCUAAUAACAGUUUGAUAGGAGUUUCUAAGAAAAGGAAGUGAAGAGGUUUUUAUGAAAUAGGAUCUCUCUGUUAGGAACGAAGAAGAACGUUAUUUUGUAAAUAAAUUUGUUUGUAAUAAAAUAGAAAAAAAAAUAAAAAAAUAUUAAAAAAAAAACAAAACAAAACAAAAACACAAAAACAUAAAAAAAGAAA